CAGCUCAGGACAGGGAGGCCCUGCUCGCAGGUCCCGGGGUCCCGGUGGCAGCCGGAGCGCUUGGUCCGCAGGCAGCGGGCGGGUGGUCCCCCCUCCGCCCCCACCCUGCGCGUGCGCGCCCCGGCCCCUCCCUCCCUGCCACCCCCCUCGGCUCCCGCGCGGCGGCGGCGGUUCCUCUCCCCCUCCCCCCAACCCUGGCUCCGGGGGACCCCGCGAUGCCGGUCCGCACCGAGUGUCCCCCGCCGGCCGGUGCCUCGGCCGCCUCCGCGGCCUCGCUCAUCCCGCCGCCGCCCAUCAACACCCAGCAGCCCGGCGUGGCCACCAGCCUGCUCUACAGCGGCUCCAAGUUCCGCGGCCACCAGAAGAGCAAGGGGAACUCGUACGACGUAGAGGUGGUGCUGCAGCAUGUGGACACGGGGAACUCUUACCUUUGUGGGUACCUGAAGAUUAAAGGCCUUACUGAGGAGUAUCCAACUCUCACGACCUUCUUCGAAGGAGAAAUAAUCAGCAAAAAACACCCUUUCUUAACGCGGAAGUGGGACGCAGAUGAAGACGUUGAUCGGAAACACUGGGGCAAGUUCCUGGCUUUUUAUCAGUAUGCAAAAUCAUUUAAUUCAGAUGACUUUGAUUACGAAGAGCUGAAGAAUGGAGAUUAUGUCUUCAUGAGGUGGAAGGAACAGUUCCUGGUCCCAGACCACACGAUCAAAGACAUCAGCGGUGCUUCCUUUGCUGGGUUCUAUUACAUCUGCUUCCAGAAGUCGGCAGCCUCCAUAGAGGGCUACUAUUACCAUAGGAGUUCAGAAUGGUAUCAGUCACUCAAUCUAACUCACGUUCCCGAACACAGCGCACCCAUCUACGAGUUCCGGUGACAGCGGUUCAGAGCAGGAACCAAAUAAAACUGAACUUGGCAAAAAAAGAACUCUGCCAAGAAAAUCGUGUACCUGCCAGAACCAGGAGAACGUGUGUUCCUGUUUCUUCACGAGCAGACUCGCAUCAGAAAGCAUGAAUGUUAACCCACAGAAUCCAAGGAGCAUGGCCAACCAACGGCAGGUGGAGGGAGUGUUCUCUGUGCUUCCUCCCUCUCUGUGGCAGUUUGGUCUUAAUCUGUUGUAAGCUACCUUAAAUGCACUUUUCCUUCCUGCACAGCUAACUUCUGUAUCACUGAAAGGCCCAUUCCUUCCUCCGUCCCCACCUCCAGCCGAGCAGAAGGUCAGCCCCCCAGUCACCCUCAGCCUUGGUGCUCAGUGGUCUCGGCCCAGGCCCCAGCCCUGCGCCCCCCACCCCCAGUUGCUCAGUCCGGUAGCUCAAGAGAAGGCAGAGCCCCAGCACACGUGUGCCGCCCCUCCCCCCCCCGCCCCCCCCCCCCCCAGAGCUCUGCGCAGGGAAUCGGUGACCAGCAGCACCCGCCAGUGAAACGUGAGGCGGAGGCCGAUUGCUUAACGGGGUCCGCUGGCACUGCCCAGCCCUGCAGCGGUCACGCUAAGCUAGUCAGUGGCUGCCAGGUUCUCUGGGCCUGCCAUCGGGGAUCACUAAAUUUCAGGCUUCCAGAUCCCUGGCAGGAACGGAUUCCAGUCCUGCUUUCUCAGCACGUUUGCUCCAAACUUUUGAACUUGAGGGCAAUACUAAACUUAAAAAAAAAAAAAGAAAAAAGAAAAAAAAAAGAGUUUUUUUAUUACAAAAUUAUUUUUAUGGUCCCUUUAACAAGGACCCUAUGGCAAAUGCACAAUUAUUCAGAAUUACAUUUUUAUCGUUUUCACAUUGAAAACAGCAAAUGUUGACUUAGUAAUUUUUAUACCUAUAUCUAUAUGUAAAUGUAUAUUUAAUCAACCAGCAGUUUAAAACUAGUCAUCCUGGUACAAAAGUUUUGCAGCAUUGCAUAAAUUCUAGUGCUAAACUUGAGAGCUGUUUUUUGGGGCCAGUUUAGCAUUUGUACCUCCUCCUUUUGCUACUCAGAACAGCAGUGCUUCGUGGCGACCUUUUCCGUCAAGCAGAAGGGGCCGUCAUUCUCCUAAAACAGCAACUCUAAAAUGUUGGGGUGGGGGAGGGGCGGGAACACGAACACGCUCGAAGAACUCAAGGCUCACGUGCCAAAGUGUGUGUGGGGGUGUGGGGUUGGGGUGGGGUGUGGUUUUGGGUGGCGGGGGGGGGCAGUUGUUUUUUUGUUUUUUGUUUUUGUUUUUUAAUGUUUAAAAAGCUUAAUAGGUUGGCAUCAGUCGUAGACCGCAGAGACAGGCCGGGCUUUGGGGGGCAUCGCGUUUGCUGGCGGUUUACAAGACUCACUCAGAACACAAGACAGAAAGCUACAGCCCACGGGAGCACAACCAGCUGCAAGCUGCAGAUCCACGGGCGGUGUAAGGAAACACAAGGCCCUUCGGUCUAGACGAGCGGUGUAGGGAAACGCUUUAUUCUUAACAAGUGACUUUCCUUUUGACGACACAUGUACUGUAUGUUACUGAGACUGAAUGUCGGGGAAACCUUAGAGGAGAAGUACUUGGGAUUCUAGUCAGUGGGCAUCGGGACACCCAGGAUGCGUAGUCCUAAGGAGGGGAGACCAACCCAUCUGGGGAGGCCAGGGUUUUGGAGCCCCAAAACGUUGCCCCGGCGACUGCAGUGGAAAAAUGAUUCACGUCCGUUCCCAGAGAUGAGUCAAAUGUUUUCUUGAUUCUGAAACUCCAGAAGGCAUCGGGACGGCUGGCUCUGGUCACACCAGCUGAUGGCAGAGUACCGAGGAGACCGCACUCGCGUGGCCUCAGUUUAGCUGGCAGGCGUCGCUUGACAGUAAAAGGAGACUGUGGGGCCGUGCUGGCUUUCCCUGGCCACACGGGCCGGCCAUUUCACCCCAGAUCCCCUCUCACGGCAGGCUCCUAAAUCUUGCCUGAGUUUUGCAAGCUCCUUGAAGGAUCUAGGCCCCGCUCAGAACCCAACGAGGGGUGAGCUCAUCGGGGCCCUGUAUGUGUGGCUCAGAGGUCAGCCGGGCAGUCAGCGGGCAGGGAAGGCCGUUUGGAAACGCUGCUAUUGUUCAGCUAGCCAAACGGGCCAGGUCCUGUUGGAGGAUUUCUUCCUCCCUCCCUCUCUUAGCUAGGUAAUGAAGUUGUACUGGGGAAAAUCAAGUGAUACCUUUGCUGGAUCUUUCGGGCACAUCCGAGGUGAAGGUUUGCUUGCGUAAAAAUCUGCCCAUUGAGGACAGGGAAGGGAUUACCUGCCCACCUCCUCUUAGUAAUUCCCAAAGAAUCCACGUCAACUCCUUCUCUUUCUCUCGGUUCCCCAAGGAAUGUUGGGGAUCACCCCCCUCUGUGGUUAUUCUUUCCUGAACCUCCUCCGUGGUUUACGUGCCUCUGGUACUCUGUGCAAUAGUUUUGGCUGACGCUUGCGUUCAUCAUUAAGAAAUCAGUGCAUGGGGCGCCUGGGUGGCGCAGUCGGUUAAGCGUCCGACUUCAGCCAGGUCACGAUCUCGCGGUCCGUGAGUUCGAGCCCCGCGUCGGGCUCUGGGCUGCUGGCUCAGAGCCUGGAGCCUGUUUCCGAUUCUGUGUCUCCCUCUCUCUCUGCCCCUCCCCCGUUCAUGCUCUGUCUCUCUCUGUCCCAAAAAUAAAUAAACGUUGAAAAAAAAAGAAAUCAGCGCAGGAUGCAGGUUUUCUACCGUCUUCCUCCACCCCAAACAAACCUGCCAUGGGGUAGGAUCCUAGGGAUUUGGCUGUUCUUUCCACUGCUCAGAAAGCUUCCAUUCUGUACCCCCAGCCUCGUCUCUCCUCUGUGCUGGAAUUAUCCCUCCCCACCCACCCAUCCUCUCAAACUUUACAGCAUUUCAGCUGCAGCCCCAAAGUAACUAAGCAAGCCUUCACAUGAAGUAGAAAGUCCCAUCUGUGUGCUGGUUCUGUUGAUAACGUGGAAAUCACAAACUCCAGGGGAGCAAAGGGGCUUUUCAACGUCUUUUGCUUUCAGAAACAGGGAAUUGAUAUUCUAAGGCCUUGAAUUGAUUUUUUUUUCCUCAUAAAAUAGUCUGAUAAGCUAAUUUUUAAAAAGAAAUGCCAUUAAGUAUGUUGCAUUGUGGUUUAAAAUUACUAACAAGUUCUGGGAAAGAAAAAUAUUUGAUUUUGAAUCUUACAUGUUUUUAAAAAUUAGAUUUGAAUGGGCACAAAGUAUGAGUAUUUUGUUUCUUUAGGGAGGACAUGUGGAAAGGGUUUGAGGGUCUGGGAUGGGAGAAGUAUUUUGCAGAGCUAUCAAUGUCCAAAUAAUUUUUAAAAAAUAAUAAAGGUAUUUAAGCAGUGA